GAUGACUCCAAUCCAAGAAAGCAAGCAUUCCAACAAUUUCAAGUCACAUACAUGCUCAAAGUAGUAUUCCUAAUCAUAGUAACCAACCUCUUAACCCUAUACAUUUUCUCUACUCCUCACUCAUACAUUGAUCACCCACUCUCAAGAAUUUCCCAACUCCCCUUUUUUGACACCAAACUACUCCUCCUCAAGCUCAACUCCACACAAGACCAACUCAUUGAAAGCCACUCCCAAAUUGAGAAUUUGCAAACUCAACUCAACUCAGCCCACCAACUACUCGAAUCCCUCAUCGACCACCUCAACAACCUCAACGGGAACCGACCCGGCGCCGCCUCCUAUGCCGGCCUCCUCGACAACCUCCCGGACGAGGUCCGGCUCGCGGCCGGCCCCCACAUGCUCCCCCUCGGGAACACCCCUCGGAUCGGGUCCGAGAUCUACUCCUCGGUCGGGGGCGGGUGCCUAAACCACAAGCAAGACCUAGCAAAGUACAUGUCGUACGAAGUCGGAGGGGUGUGCCCCUCCGACGACGUAUUCGCUCAAAUACUAAUGCUAAAAGGCUGCGAGCCCCUCCCCCGGCGCCGGUGUCACCCCCCGCAGCCUAAAAACUACGCGGAGCCCCGGCCCCUGCCGGGGUCCAUGUGGGCCACCCCACCCGACACAAGCAUCGUGUGGGACCCAUACACGUGUAAAAACUACACGUGCCUAAUAGAGAGAAAAAGAUUCUCUGGCUCCUACGACUGCAAAGACUGCUUCGAUUUACAAGGCAGGGAGAAAACAAGAUGGCAAUACGACAACGGCGGGCUAGACUUUGGGAUGGACCAAGUCCUCGGAACGAAGGCGCCCGGGAGCGUGAGGAUCGGGCUGGACAUCGGGGGAGGGUCGGGGACCUUCGCUGCGAGGAUGAGGGAGAGGAACGUGACGAUCAUCACGACGUCGAUGAACUUCGACGGGCCGUUCAACAGCUUCAUUGCGUCGAGGGGGCUGAUCCCGAUGCACGUGAGCAUCUCGCAGAGGUUCCCGUUCUUCGAGAACACAUUGGAUAUUGUCCAUUCGAUGCACGUGCUGAGCAACUGGAUCCCGGAUCCGAUGCUGGAGUUUGUUCUGUAUGACAUAUACAGAGUGAUGAGGCCGGGCGGGCUCUUCUGGCUCGACCGGUUCUUCUGCUUCGGGUCGCAGCUUAACGAGACGUACGUGCCUAUGUUCGACCGGGUCGGGUUUAAGAGAUUGAGGUGGAACACCGGGAUGAAGCUGGAUCGAGGCAUUCAGAAGAAUGAGUGGUACUUCUCUGCUCUCUUGGAGAAGCCCAUCAUCCCCUGA